CUUCUCAUCAUCCAUCUUCUCUACCAAAAAACACACACCAAAAACGAUUUUACAAGAAGAAAAAAAUGUCAGAGACCAACAAGAGUGCCUUCCAAGCCGGUCAGACCACUGGCAAAGCUGAGGAGAAGAGCAAUGUUCUGCUGGACAAGGCCAAGGAUGCUGCUGCUGGAGCCGGAACUGCCGCACAACAGGGGGGAAAGAGUAUAUCGGAUACGGCAGCUGGAGGUGUUAACGUCGUGAAGGAGAAGACCGGCAUGAACAAGAGCCAGAGCUCUUCACUGGGGAUCGUAAGGAACCAAGUUGUUCGCUUUGUUGCAAAGCUCCGAUCCCAGAACGUAACUGAAGGAAAGAAGAGAAAUAUCGGGUUGAAAUGGAGGUUACCUGAGGACAAGGAGAAGGAUGAGAUCGAUGGUAGGUUCGAAGAAGCAGCAAUCGCCAUUGUUGAUAUCUCAUCUCGGAUUUGAUCUGGGUUACCGAAAAUACAAAAGGGUAUCGGUUAUUGGAUUUGAUCUGAAUCAAAAGCUUGAUCUUUU